AUGGAAUCAACAACAAUGUAUAUUGCAAAAAUUUAUUUGAUUCUGUUGUCCACAUUAAUCCAUAUUGCUGGAUGUAUCGACGACAAAUUUUGGUUAACAACCGAACUGAUGAGAUUUGAGUGGAGUAGAGGCUGUACGGCAACCAAGUAUUGCACUCGACCACAACUUCGUCUAACUGAACAAAAUUUAAUUAAUGGUGAAACUCUGGCUGUAAACUGGUUAUUUUCCGAGGAUGUUGUUACAGAUCAUGCUCGGCCUUUUGUUACUUACUGGAAUCGAGGAUCACCCAGCGACAUUAGCAUUGCCACAGAGAUUAUCGGGUUUGAUCCCAAAUAUCGGUUCCAAAGAGUAUGCGAUCUUACAGGAGCCAAACGAAUCUUUUUGCCAUCAGAUAAUCAAAAUCAUAUCGUUGAUGUAGGACGAGCGAGAUCUAUAAAAUCCAGUGGUAAACGCAUUAUAGUUGAAUUGAAAGGAAGGUGCUUUGAAGCCAGCCUUGCAGUUCAAAGCCAUUUGGAAGAAUGUCCCUGGUGUACCACAGAUGCUCCAACCACAUCAAAAACACCUGAUCAGACUGCUUCUGAAUUUCUAAAAGACCAACCUGCAGAAUUUCCUUUGUUACCUUAUUUUACCGACAAACAAACUCUUCUGAUUUUAUUGGUAUCAGUUACCACGGCAGUGUUUGCGUGUGUUGGUUUUAUAUCCGUACUGUGCGCUUUUUGCCGUUUACGUACCGAAACGCAUAAAAGUUGCAAAGAAAAAGUCUUUACGCUUUUACCAGUUAGUUUCUCAGGCGAACCUGGUCAUCUAAGUAGGAAUCGUAAUUUCAGGAAGCAUCAGGAAACCAAAAGGCGAUGCUUACCAAUUCUUCACUGGGAUAGCGACAGUACGACUCAGACAUUGUCAACAUCCGAAGAGGGUUCAGUGGACACUUUAAAAUUGUUAAAACAGAAAACGUAUCUAAACAGUCGACAGGUUAGUGAUGCUACAGUUUAUGAGAACGUCGACUCAGUUGAUGAUCUUCACAGGCAAAGCUUUGAAGUAGUACCGUUUGCUGUAUGA